AUGUCGAUGCCAACAAGGAGACGUACGUCGACGUCCGUCAAGGUCGAAGAAGAUCCUCACGGCCGGUCGACGCGCAACAGCCGCCGCGGCGCGCGGACUGUCAGCUAUGCCGAGGAGGACGACGAAGAGUUCGAAGAGGAGCCUGACACCCCGCCACCUGCACAUCCGAAGAGGCCGACUCGCCGAACGCGAGGGCACGGCGACGAUGACGAUGCCAACUACGGGCAAGGAGACGUCGAAGGAGAAGCAGACGGGUCAGCCCCGCCAGUCGGGACGCGCCGCUCGUCGCGAGCCCACAAGGUACCAUCACGUUUUCACGGAGAGGACGACUUCGAGGCCUCCAUGGUCGUCGAUUCGAGCCCUGUCCCUGCUCCGCCACCUUCAGCAACAGGGAGGAGGAAUACCCGGCGACGAGUCGUCGUGGACCCGGAUGAUGACGAAGAUCCGCGGCACAUGAACGGUGAUGCGGAUGUCGCACCGCCCCAGCCUCCGGCUCCGCGGCUUGUCAUGGAGGAACCAUUGAGUCACCGCUCGGCACGCAACAAGCGUAGAAGCUCCGAGGAAGAUGCCGAGUCAUUUAACCCCAGCGAGUCAGAGCAGGCAUCCUCGUCCGAGACUGAGGCAGAUGGUGUCGACUUUGUUGACGAACCAGAAAACGACGACAAGGACUCGUUUGUAAGUGUGACCCCGCCAAGGCGGAAGACGCGCCAGACGCGCUCGACCGUUGCGCCGCGGCGGAGCACGCGUGGGCGGCGUGCCGAACCCGAGUCGGACGACGAGUAUGGCUCGAAAGGCCGCAACCUGCGCAAGCGCGACUCGCGUCCCAACUACCAAUUACCCCCGAUGGACAUCUCUGCUGAGAUUGCGGCCGCGGACAUGAUUAACAAGGCGAUCGCGUCGGCCUCGGGACCUCGUGGCGGGCGACGACCUGGACCAGCCGGCGGCUUUGGCGGAGCGCCCCGCUUCGGCCUUGGUGCUGGUCUCAAGCCCUUACCCUGGUCAAUGAAGGGCAAAGACUUUGCCCAGGCCAUGGGCGACCCCGACUCCUCCGACUCGGACAACGAUCUCUUACCCAAGGCCAGCGCGGCGGGUGCAGCUGCGGCCUUGGGCGGAGGCGGUCCUGGCGGGCCAGGUGGUGCCAGGGGCCCUGGCAUUCCUGGGCCGACGGACGUGCCGAACUUCGGACGUGUCAACCCGAAGUCGAACAUGGCCGACGCAGACCCUCUUGGCGUUGACGUCAACGUCACUUUUGAUCGCGUUGGCGGGCUGGACGGACAUAUCAACCAGCUCAAGGAAAUGGUUGCUCUCCCUCUUCUCUAUCCGGAGCUGUUCCAGCAGUUCGGCAUCAUCCCUCCUCGCGGCGUCCUAUUCCACGGCCCACCCGGUACGGGUAAGACGCUCCUCGCGCGCGCUCUCGCGGCAUCCUGCAGUAACGGCAACCAGAAGAUCGCGUUCUUCAUGCGCAAGGGUGCGGACGUGCUCUCGAAGUGGGUCGGCGAGGCGGAACGCCAGCUGCGCAUGCUCUUCGAGGAAGCGCGCGCGUCACAGCCCAGCAUCAUUUUCUUUGACGAGAUUGAUGGCCUCGCCCCCGUCCGUAGCAGCAAGCAGGACCAAAUCCACGCGAGUCUCGUGUCUACACUUCUCGCAUUAAUGGACGGUAUGGAUGGCCGCGGGCAGGUCAUCGUAAUCGGCGCAACCAACAGGCCGGACGCCGUCGACCCCGCGCUCCGUCGGCCCGGUCGCUUCGACCGGGAGUUCUACUUCCCAUUGCCGAACCGCGACGCGCGCCACCAGAUCAUCAAGAUCAACACCCGUCAGUGGGAACCGCAGCUUCCCGACAACAUGAUCGACACGCUCGCCACCCUUACGAAGGGGUAUGGCGGUGCGGACUUGAGGGCCCUCUGCACCGAGGCCGCGUUGAACGCGAUCCAGCGCAAGUAUCCCCAGAUCUACAAAUCCACCGAUCGUCUGCAGGUGCAGCCGGGGUCUGUGCACGUCCAGCCGAAGGACUUCAUGCUCGCCGUGAAGAAAAUUGUGCCUUCCUCUGCACGAUCAACUUCGUCGGCGGCCAUUCAGCUUCCGAACCAGCUCGUUCCCUUACUCGCGAACGACCUGGAGCGGCUUAAGUUGGCUGUCGACCUGGCCCUCCCCCGCGUUAAGAAACGAACGGCCCUUGAGGAGGCCGAGUUCGAGGACGACGACGGUGACUCGUUCGAGAAGGAGAUGAUGCUGCAGUCUCUCGAUCAGCUGAGGACAUACCGGCCCCGAUUGCUGGUCUACGGCGCUGCAGGCUCUGGCCAGACAUAUCUUGGACCGGCCAUCCUGCAUCACCUCGAGGGUUUCCAUGUUCAAUCAUUCGACCUCGCCUCAUUAAUGGGCGACUCCACAAGGACCCCAGAAGCCGCCAUCGUGCAGAUGUUCGUCGAAGCCAAGCGCCACCAACCAAGCAUCAUCUUCAUUCCGUCACUAGGGCAGUGGUCCGAGACCCUGUCGGAGACAGCACGCUCCACGACCCGUGCUCUUCUCGACGGCAUCUCGCCAUCCGACCCGGUGCUGCUUCUCGCAAUCGUCGACGGGCCAGUCUCCACACUUCCCCCCGACGUGCGGGCAUGGUUCGGCUUCAGUGACGAGAACCGUAUCCAGCUCGGCGCGCCGACCCUGGAGCAACGAGGUGAAUUCUUCCAGGAGCUGAUCGACACUGUCCAGCGCCCGCCCACCGCUUUCCCCGACGGCGUCGCCCGCAAGAAGCGUGUUCUCGAGGAACUGCCCAUUGCUGCGCCAUUACCUCCACGGAAGCCGACGGAAGUCGAGAUCCAGCGUGAGGUCAAUCGUGAAGAAGCAGCGCGCCAGAUGCUUUACGUGAGCUUCUCGUCGCUUAUCUCGGAGCUGUGUCGCAAGUACAAACGGCCAGUGCACAUUGUCAAAGAAGAGGCGUUUGGCUUACACCGUAUCCUCACAGAGCAAGCCGCCGCGAGCCAACCGCCGCCGCCUGCGGAGGACAUCGUUGGUGAGACUGUCAAUGGCGCUCCAGAUGGAGUAGGCGUAGUCGAGACACAAGUAACAGACGCGCCAGGCGGCAUGGUCAUGGCCCAGCUCGACCCGACAGUUCCGAUAACUGAGGCGCCGGCUAUUGGGCGGGGCUUGAAUGCUGGCACCGCGACUGCAGAGUUUACAGCUGUGGAGGGAGCAGUUGAGCCUGUCGCCCUCGUCGACCCUGCCAUGCAGCCCACGCAGGACACUCAGGACACUAGCCUGCCGACUGCCUUUGCUGCGCCUUCAUGGCAGCCACAUGACAUGGACCUCGACAUCGUACAGCGCAAGCUCACGCGGCACAAGUACUACACGCCGGCCGAGGUUCUCGCGGACAUUGCGCUCAUCGAGGAGAACGCGCGGCAUACGAGCGACGCUGAUCGCCAACUCAAAGUUAUCGAGAUGGCUGGACACGCGCGCAUCCACGUACAGGGCUUUGAUCCGCGUUGGACACCCGAGUUCGAGAACCUAGCCGUGCGCAUGCGAGCGCGCAAGGCCGAUCGUGCGGCCGCCAAGGCGGCGAGCCGGGCAGCAACACGCCGCGGCAGCCCGGCAAGCGGCGGCGACGCUCCUGUCACUGGUGCUCCGGCGAGCGAGACCGCACCCGCCGAGACCGCCACGUCCGUGUCCGACGCCGCGGCUAAUGGGAAACGCGACCGCGAGGGUGACGACGGUACGGAACAGCCAGCCAAGCGUGCACGAGAGGACGGCGAGGGUAUGGACGUUGAUCCAAACGGCACAUCGGCCGCGGAGCCUGCAGAGAAGCCGCGCUCGCCGACACCGGAGCCCGAGGUCGUUGACCAGCGGCUCGUAGUGCCGACCGACGAGCUUGAGAAGCUUGGCGGCGCGCUCAAGCACAGCACGGGCCAGCUCAAUGUCGAGGAGCUCGAGCAACUGCGCGCGUCCUUGCUCGACCGUAUCUGGCGUGCGCGACAGGAGUGGGAUCGCACGGCGCUGCUGAGCAACAUGCGUGAGGCCGUGAGCCGGUUCGUUGCUGAGGCUGCGGACGCGCGGGCCGCGGCGGAGAUGGAGUAA